AUGACCUCCGUUCCUUCAUCCGUUCCCAGACCGGACUACUCCGGUGCUUUGAAGAACAACUCGCACCCCGUCGUUCAGCUUGCCACUGAUACGAGAAAGGACUGUUAUGACUAUAUGUGGCUGGACAACACCACAGAUAACGCGCUCGCAGAUUGUUGGACAAUGGCCUUGACAAAUGAAAUUUCCGCGGAGGUUGGUCUUCGUCUCUCCCGAUUGAGAACCUCGCUUCUGGAAUGCAAGCUGACUCUCGAAGGACUUUAUUCUAUGGAACCCUUCGCUCUAAAAGAAGUCAUCGCAUAG